CUCCUUGCCUGCGCCGCGCCCCCCACCCCUCCCCCUCACGGCGGCGGCGCCGCCACCACAGCGAGCGGGAGGAGGAGGAAGGCAGAGAGGGAGGCAGGUCCGGCGGCUCUCCUGGGCAACCCCAGCGGCGAGGCGGGCGAGGGGAAAGAUGGCGACGCUGGGAGGCGAGUCGCAGCCUUUCCCCGCCGCUGCUCUGGCGACGGCCGGGGUGGGCGGUGGCGGCGGGUCGCUGGGCUUGCAGGCGCCGCUGAACCGCGGGCUGGAGCGGGCGCUGGAGGAGGCGGCACACUCCGGAGGGCUCAACCUCAGCGGCAGGAAGCUGAAGGAGUUCCCGCGCAGCGCUGCCGCCCUCAGCCACGACCUCUCCGAUACGGUGCGGGCAGAUUUAUCAAAGAAUAGAUUAAGUGAAGUUCCUACAGAGUUAUGCCAUUUUGUGUCACUGGAAACACUAAAUCUAUACCACAACUGUAUUAAAAUUAUACCAGAUGCCAUAGUGAACUUGCAAAUGCUAACUUACUUAAAUUUGAGUCGGAAUCAGCUUUCUUCUUUGCCAGCUUGCCUGUGUGGUCUUCCUCUAAAAGUCUUAAUCGCAAGUAACAAUAAGCUAGGUUCUCUUCCAGAAGAGAUAGGUCAACUAAAACAAUUAAUGGAACUGGAUGUCAGCUGUAAUGAAAUCACAGCUUUGCCACAGCAGGUAGGCCAGCUGAAAUGUUUAAAAGAGCUGAAUGUCAGAAGAAAUUACCUCGAAGUUUUACCCCAAGAACUAGUACAGCUUCCCUUGGUAAAAUUUGACUUUUCCUGCAAUAAAGUGCUUGUAAUUCCAAUUUGUUUUAGAAAAAUGGUGCAGUUACAAGUUUUACUGCUUGAGAAUAAUCCUUUGCAGUCUCCACCAGCACAAAUUUGUACAAAGGGUAAGGUGCAUAUAUUCAAAUAUCUGACUGUACAGGCCUGUCAGAUUAAAACAGCAGACUCACUGUAUCUUAAUGCCAUAGAACAACAGCAUUUGCCACAACCUGUGGAAGAGAGCAUUGAUGACAUCUACCCAAGUAAAAAGGACUCAGAUUCAGGUGUUGGUAGUGAUAAUGGCGAUAAACGAUUGUCAGCAACAGAGCCAUCUGAUGAAGAUACUAUCAGCUUUAAUGUACCCAUGUCAGACAUCAUGGAAGAAGAUCAGGUUGUAAAGGAAGAUUCAGGUCACCAUGCUAACUCAAGAAAAGUAGAAUUCCAUCAAGGAUCUUCUCACUUGAUCAUCAACGAUAAGUCAAGAGAAACAGGAAACCAGUUUGAUGACUCGGAUACUCUUACUACUGAAUUUAUGAGUUACAUUAAGAGCAGAGCAGCAGAGUGUGACGAAUUAUUGAGAAUAGAAGAGGACACACAAUGGCAAACAGACGAAAUAAUAAAUUUAUCAGAAGAACAGACUAUUGAUAUAGCAAUGAUAGAACAACUAAGAGAAGCAGUAGAUUUAUUACAAGAUCCCAACAGAUUAAGCAUGGAUAUUUCAGAGAGCAGUGAAGUGAAUCUGUAUCCCACGGAACCAGCAACAGCUUUAGAAUUUCAGGAAUCUACAGUAAACGGUCAAAUGCAGAUGGAGAUGUCUUCCCUUGGUCAGAGAGGAAAUUCUGAAGAGGAGCUAGAAUUUCAGAGGAGGAGGGAAAUGAUUAUGGAGAAAGCAAAGCCUGAAGUAAGAACUUGUGAACAGGGUGAAAAAUGGUCGUUGAGUCAGAAAGAUCUAAUUGUUUGGAAUGCAAGUGGGCAAACCUCUUACAGUGAGAACAAGGAUAAAAGUCCGGCAAUGUCUCCUACUACAAACGCUACUAUCCCUUUUGGCCUGAAGCCACGAUCAGUGUUCUUAAGACCACAAAGAAAUUUGGAAUCGAUAGACCCACAAUUUACAAUUCGAAGGAAAAUGGAGCAGAUGAGAGAAGAAAGAGAGCUUGUGGAACAGCUACGUGAGAACAUUGAAACAAGACUAAAGAUUUGUUUGCCUGAAGACUUGGGCUCUGCCUUGAUGGAUGGUGUGGUUCUCUGCCAUCUAGUAAAUCAUGUCCGUCCUCGGUCUGUAGGAAGCAUUCAUGUACCUUCACCAGCAGUACCUAAACUUAGUAUGGCCAAAUGCAGAAGAAAUGUGGAAAAUUUUUUGGAUGCAUGUAGAAAACUGGGGAUACCAGAGGAGAAGCUCUGCCUACCACAUCACAUCCUAGAAGAAAAGGGCUUGGUAAAAGUGAGCGUAACAGUUCAAGCAUUGCUAGAUGUAACCACAGUGAAACAAGCUUUAUUCACGUGAAGCCACCCCUAUCUCUGCCGUUACCAGCUCCACUGUGCCAUCAAAGAAUCAAAAUACUGCCCGUCUUUUCAAACUGCAUUGAAAACAAAGAACCCCAGUGCUCCAAGAGUAUUCUUGUACUUCAGAUUUUAAAGUCACCUUUCAGACUGCACCCGUGCGUCGAACUACGAACCAGAAACGUUUUCUAGAGCAAACUGGCGCUUCACGGCUUUUACAGCUCACUUUGUACAGUACCCACCAAAACUGCCACCUCUCUGCCACUUAAAAAAAACCCACGUGGAGUCCACAGCUGUCUUGCAGCAAGAUACCUUUGUAUGUUAAACUAGGAACCAUUGUAAUCGUUUGGGGUGGGGUGGGGGGAGGUGGGGAGCAGGGAGAGUUAAGUCAGACUUGUACCACGUUAGGUUUUCCUGCAGUUGCUUCAGGCCGUUGCCUUUUACAAACACCCAGACAUAAAAUAUUUAUAUAAAUAUUAUUUAUUAGUGAGUUGUUAUUCAUCCUUUGGAUGCAAAAAAUGUAAAUUAGGAAACUGUAUUUUAUUACUGCUUUUUUGUGGUUAAACACUUUAUUUUAAUAUAAAUAUUUAGUUAUUUUUUAUUCUACUUGGUGUGCAGUAGCUCUAGAUCUCCAUAAAUUGUAUUUUCUAAUAUGUAAGAUAAAAAGCAAACAAAAUAGGUGCUUUCAUUAAAAGAACAGCUAGCUGGAAUGGCAUUCUUGAUUCCUUGAAUUUGUGGAACUGUUGGUAAAAACCUGUCUGCAUUCCAUUGAGUUUCCUACAUUCCAGUAGCACUUUCUCUCCCCCCUGCCCUCUCCCCAGCCCCCCUCCCACUAGACUUAAUUGGCUGAAACUGAGAGCGCACCCGUUUUAUUUGCAUAUAGAGAUGCUUAAAAAGAGGUAAACUUGAAAACCAAAUGUGAACAAGUAUUUUUGAUUGCUUAUUUUACUAUGCACAAGGCAUUUAACUUUUGCCACAACGAAAUGAGUGAUGUGCAUUAGGGUCACAUGUCUUGAACUAGAAUUUUGCACUGUAACUUCGUUUCUCUUUUUAAAGACUAGAGCACUACAGAACAAAUAACAAAAAAUAGCACAAGAACAUUGAUGAGAAGAGUGACCAGGCAGCCAACAGAAUUGUAAUCAUUUUCUUCAAUGUUUCCUUCAAGAGGAGAUAGAAUUAGUAAAGCUGCCAAAGGCAGUCUCUGAGACCUGCUCUUCCAGCCCCAGCCUGCCCAGGCUUCUCCCUCUCGCCAUCCAUCGUUCCCCCGCGGGAUGCAGCACAGUGUUCUGCAGCGGCUGUUUGUGCGCUUCCACUCCCACCUCAGCGACAGCAAAUGAGGUUCUUUUCCUUAGCACGACUUUAAAUGUUUGGGAGAGCUCUUUAAAAGCCUCAUUUUAUCCGUAAAACAUGGCAUGUUCUAGAGCAAAAGGUUCCAGCGCAGCCAUUCCCACAGUACCUAGAACCCCCGCUUUUUCUUCCCAGGAAAGAAAGGAGGUAACCUGUGAAAGCGGGCCAGGGAAGCCACGGCCGGUGGUGACAGGCUUGCUGGCGGGGUGCAGGCAGGCAGCCACCAAUGCAGCAGGACAACAAAAGUGGCCAUGUGGUGUGAGGAGGAAAUAACGAAGCACGAGAAAGCUGAGGGAACGAUCGUACCAAGGCUUUUUUGGAAGGAUGAUGUGUAUUAAUUGCUGCUCCCCAUCUAGGCCACGUCACGCGCACGUUCCCACAGCCGCUGCUGCCUUCAACGCCCCUCCCUGCUCCAAGAGCAGGUCUGUAGUCCGUGCAGGGUGGGAAUGCAGACGCCCCCUUUCAGCCCCACAACUCGCCAUCGUGCCGCUUGCUGUGUGUGCUGACAGCAAGGCGUGGGCUGCCAGACGAGCCACAUGGUAUUAAUAGCGUGGAACAGCCACCUCAACCAAAGCAAAAGCGUUCAUUUUAUAGAGGGAACACUGACUUCAAUUGUCAUUUUCGAUUGGCAGCUAGCAUUCUUGUUUCCUAUCAAAUGUACUGUGCACUUUAACACUAAAUUAAAAUGUAUUUUAAUAUUUUACAGAGCUGCACAAAUAUGUUUUGUCAAAAAGCGCGAGCAAUGUAAAGAAAGUAAGUUUUCAAGUCAGAGUUUAUCACGUUUUAAAAGCCUUCGAAGAACGAGUAUGAAAAAUAGGAAUAUUGGUUUCUGCAUCGUGAGGGAUAAAAUGCAGGUUUCCUGAGUAUUUUUUUACACUGUAUAUAUGGCAACAUGAAGCUUUGUAAUUAUUAUUUUGACAAACCUUGGGGUUUUUUUUUCAUAAUUAAAGUCUUGGUUUUCUCCCGCCGGUGUCUUUCAGUACUUGCUUGAAGUUGGCUGUAAAUAAAGAGCUCUACAUAUUUUGUAAUAACAGCUUUUUCUAUGCAGUCUUAACCUGUACGGCUGAAAGGAGAAUCUUCACGACUCUUUGUACACUAUUAUUUAUAUAUGUGCAAUAAAACGUGCAUGGCCAAUCUAUAAUACCCGAAGCAGUGAACAUAAUGUAUAUAGCAAGUCUUUACUGGAGUUACAAUUAAACUCUAAUAUUUGUAGAAACCUUU